AUUUAUUAUGGAAAAGGACCUUGGUGAAGAGAUUACAUAUGAUUUAAGUAUUUUGCACAUUUGUAUAGUUCACAAUAGGUCAUUCAGAACAUGCUUUCACUGGCAAACUUACAUUCUGUUGUUCAAACAUAGAUACAGUAAACAAUAGUCAAGUUUAAUUUUAAGAUCCUAUCCUAGGAACUAACAAUGGUACAACAAAUAUUUAAAUUGCAGAAUAAACAUUCAUUGUAAAUUGAAAAUGUUGAUGCACAUGUGCAAGUUCUAUGCCCUGUUUUUUGUUAACGUUCAAAAUAUUGUGUGCUUAAAUUUCAUUGUCUUACAGGUUGCACAGUAUAUUACGUUUGAAAUGCCUGUUUUGGACAGUUUCAUCAAGAAAUUGAAAGAGGAGGAAGAGCGAGAGAGAUACAGUGCACUGAGGUCAAUGAUAUUACAAAAAUUGGAUGGCAUCUCUAACACUGCAAAUUAUUUGAUACCUGAAGAAGCACCAGAGCACUUUUCUGAACCCUCCUCUUCAACUGCACAAAUUGCUCUCCAUCCAGAGAAUGGGAUUUGGGACCAACAACAAGAUCUUUCUUGAGUUUGAGCAGCCUUUCUGGGAUGAAGACUGUGAAUUGAUCUACCUUUUAUGGGAGGACGAGACACAUCUUGCCAAUGUUGUUUCUGAUAUAAAUAUGUCCUGGAAUAGAAAGUUAUUUGGGUUCACUGUGCUGAAGCCCAUAGGACCAUAUGGACUUGUGCUCUAUGGAUGGAUCGCAGGGCGGGAGUCUGAGUUCAUUGAAACUCUGUCUGAACUUGAAGUGCUGCACAGUGUCACACAACUCCUGCGCAUUUUUACUGGAAAUCCAACUAUUACACCAAGGAAACUUUUAAGAUCUCAAUGGUUCAAUGAUCCCUAUUCCUGUGGAUCUUACACCUAUGUGGCCAGAGGUUGCUCAGGAUAUGAUAUAGAUAACCUUGCUGAACCCUUGCCACUGAAAGGCUCAAAUUCCAAGUCUUUGCAGGUGUUAUUUGCAGGAGAAGCCACACACAGGUCUUUCUUCUCUACAGUUCAUGGAGCAUUGCUGAGUGGCUGGAGAGAAGCAGAGCGUCUUAUAACUCACUACACUCCUGCCUCUGGCUCUGUCUCAUCUAAACUGUGAAAACUGUCCUCCUGUUCUGAAGAGUAAGAAGGACUGACAGUCAUUUUCAUGAGAAGUAAAGGAUUAGAAAUAAAAUUGGAAUGUAAUAAUGGCUUCUGACUGUAAUAUUCAACACGACAUCCAAUGUUAUUUAAUUGCAUUCAGCAAAUGUUGAUUUGUGGGUAUCUCAAAAUUUCUAACCAUUUUCACUAAAUGCCUGUACCUUGCACAAAUGUUAUUAUUUUUUGUGAUUUUUUAUUAAAUGUAUCUUCUAAUAAUA